AUGGAACGCUCAAGCGUCCCUAAUCAAACAAGCAGGGACACUUCUGAUGAGACGCAAAAUAUCAUCUAUCCCUUUAUUAGAGAUGGCGCAGCCUCGCUCGUCGCUCUAAAUUCACACCGUCGACGACUAGGCCUUGGUUCAUCUACGAACCUCAUCAGCAGUGGAACUUCUCAGCCAGAAAUUCCUAUCAGCCAUGGUAUUGAUUUUCAUCAUACCAUGCUGCAUCGGCCAGAGGAAGAGUUGUUCCCAUUUCUCAAUAUUAUAAAUCCAACUCGCCCAUACAAUGAUCUCGACAAUUCACAUGCUAUACCUGAGCCUACGCAGCACGACGUUGCUCAAUCCAGCUCAGCAGACACAGAGAAUAAGAUAUCAGAGCUCGACUCCAGCUUUCGCGCCGAAGAGGGAAGAAAUUGCCCCUCUUCACGUAGAUAUCGUGGAAACCGUGCUCUAUCUCGUAAUAGAAGUGCAGACAUUUCUAACGAGAUGAACUGUAGACUCUGGAUAUCAGGACUGCCCCCAGGUUGCACUAUCUCAGAACUAUUAAAGGAAGUCAGAGGUGUCGGACCUAUUUAUGCAACACAUAUCGUUCCGCCCUUAAUUCGUGUCUUAGAGACGGAAACGAAAGUAGACAUACCUACAUCUGCAGCUUCUUUAACCUUCUUUACUGCGUCUGCGGCUCACUUAUUUUUAAUUCGCCAUACUAUCCACCCCUUCACAGUCGGCAGCUACACCACCGCCGUUUCUCGGCACCGAAUCCGCACGAAACCUGUACCGGUCGACGGCCAGUCUCGGGUCCUAGUAAUUACCGGAGACCCGGAUAUCGUUACUCCAGAGAAGCUCACGUCUCUUUUUACUGAGAAAUGGAACAUUCGGUACGAAACCGAUUUCAUGGAGUAUACACCAGGCCAGGGGUCAAACGAAAUCAUUUGGGCGUUUGGAAGUUUCCGAGCCCAGGCGGAAGCGGUAUAUAUCCGCUUAAGUAAAUAUCCGGCAAAGAAUAUCACCAUCCGGUACGAGUCCGAUCCGUGUGCUUAGGGUUAUUCUGCCCUCUUUACAGAGAUCCGUUUGGGGGGUCUUACUUCUGACUACCCGUACACGAGUCGACAGCAUCGAACGCAAAGUACACUUGAAUAUAUUUGCGAGUUGCCAAGUCCGUGGGCAUGGAUAGCAAAGACAUAAGUCCAACAGCCACGGCAAAGUCGCUCAAUCUGGAGGAUACUGAUAAUACUUAAAACUGUUGCGCGAU